AUGCCAUUUGCGGAUAGAGGGAUUGAUCCAAAUGUUGGUAUUAAUGUGGUGCAAUUGGAUAGAGAUGAUAUGCCACCUGAUCAUGUUGAUGCCUCAAUAAUACAUAACAUUGUUAGACAUGAUAGCGGUUUCAUUGAUGACGACGUUGCAUAUGAUGAAGAGGAAAUAUUAAUCAGCAAUAGUGAUGAUGAUGAAGAAAUAAAGAGGGGCAGAAUAAAUUCUGCUAACAGGGGAAAGUUAGAAGUGAGCCACAUAGUUAGUUUAAAGUCAUUUGUACGACUUCGUCAUGACAUACGAGAUUCCGUCACUGGCCAGGAGCCUGGACCAGUAGACCUCUACAGAGGGACUCAUUGUCGGCAGGUGACGGGAUCUUGGGUAUAUCCUAAAGCUAGCGAGAAUUGGGCAGCGAUGGACACCAUAUGCAGUCAGCCCACUCCCAAUGGUACUCAACGGAGUGAGCCAGAGAUCCUGAGCGAGGUGCUUGGCACCCGUUCUGUAUAUGUGCGUGGGCUUGGCCAUGGUGCAAAGCUCAUGACACCCGUUAGAGCUACCUAUAGCCAAUCCAUCGCUGGCGAGAGCACCCUACGUUGA